AGAUAACAUUAUCAUUUUUUCGACGAUGCUAGUAAGUUGAGGUUAAAAGUUUGAAUUCGUACAUUUUGACGAGAAAAAAUUAAUUGCAGUUCAGCGGAUGCGUUUCAAUUAUGACCGACGAAAGUAAUAACAAUCCGAUUGAAAACGAUGAAGAUAAUCGUGAAACCCAAAGAGAAGAAUAUCUUCCCAACAUUGUAAGAUUAGAGCCGGACAUUGGUUUAGGAGACCAUUCGCAGGAAGGAAAACGUCGGAAUCCUGAUGGCAGCCAAACUCGUCGAGAAGAUGGACCCAUCUCCUUUCGACAUUUUCUACAAAAUGAUGCUGGAGCUGCAUCAUCGUCCGCAUCCUCUAGUUCAGCUUGCCCCGACUUAUAUCGUUAUUCGCGUCAAGAAAGACCAAAUCCAGAAGGAUCAGCUGUAGAUCCUGAGAGUCCAGUUCUACCAGAUUUCGUUCAAGAUAAUUUGGCCUUAGAACACAUCUAUUUCAACAGCGAUUUUAAUCCUAAAGUUUUGCCUGAUUUUACACCAUACGAAUCUUAUAACCCGGAAUCCGGCGAACCAUCCAGAGCUGCCAGUUCGAGCCACCGAUUUCAUGAAGACUUGGCGCAAGCUUCUAACAGAUCAAAUAGAAAUAGAAUUCCUCUCGAUUUACCUGUGCCAAAUUUUCUCUCGGACGAACCUCAUCCGGCACAGGCUUCUUCGUUACCAUUCGAUUUAACUACACAAACUGGUAACGCAUCUGCUUGCGGUGAUGUUAGAAGUCCUAUAGAAUUGGCCGCGUCAGGUGGACGUUUACCUGAUUUUCUUUCUGAUGGGCACAUCCUCGGUCAUGGGGCUAGUCGACACCGAGAUCCUAGAAUUAUAACUAAUGAUAAUGGAUCCAGCGUUGAUUCGAAUCUAGAAAGGCGUAAUUUAAUAGCAACGUUGAGAGAAGAAAUCCAUCGAUUGCGAGAUGAAGUAUCUGUAUUACAGAGUGUACUGAUGAAAAAAGACGAUAGGAUUAAAGAAUUAGAAGAUUUAGUUAUGGCAUUGGAAAUAUCAAAACUGCAAAUGUCAAGUGAUGCCAACACUCAAACUAAUAAGUCAUCUGAAGAUGAAAUGGCGGUUCUACGUAGAGAAUUAGAAGCAUCCAAGAGAGAGCUAUUGAAGUUACAGAAAGAAAAAGUAGAACCAGGUGCUGCUCGAUCUGAAAGUAAAGUAUUACAAGAUGGAAAAAAUAACGAAUCUGCGUUAUCCAAAGCUGAAUUAAUUUUAAAAAUAAAGAAAAUGACUGAUACUUCUGAGAGAUUAGUGAAGCAAUUAAUGGGUGUUAUUUGUGAAAUGAAAUCAGAUUUCAGUAUAACUGAUGAAGAUAUUGCAUCUGCAGAACAUCCUGAAUCGAAGAAUGAUUGAAUUUCACGAUGAUAUUACGCAGUAUUUUGGUAACUCCACACAAUUUGCCUUUCUUGUCAAAUUCGAUUUAUAGUUUUUCCUUUUAUUUUGAUAAUCUUUAUGUACCCUUUUUUUUUUUACUAUCAGUACAUAUAUAUUUAUACUUUUAAAACAGUGUAUUCGUUUAUUAUUUAAUUACCAUGUUAAUCGAUAAACUUAUUGUUAAAAUUGACUUAGCUUUUAAAAUUAAAAAUUUUGUUUAUGUAAUCAUUUGUAUGAAAUUUUUUAAAUAUUAUAUAGGUUUUUUUUUUACUUGCCUUGCAUAAUGGCUGAUGCGUUUUUUGAAUUAUCUUAUGUAAUAUGUUAAUAUACCUAUUUCAUUCUAUUAA